GUGUUAAACAUUAAUGGGAAAAAAGAGAUUUCUCACACAAAUUUAACUGCUUUUUUGGUUUGUUUGUUUUUUUUUCUCUUUUUUUGCUCUUUCCUCCAUCUUGGUCUCAUGAUGUCCAAUUGACUAGUACCAUUUUCCUUAUCUACCAUUUCCCCUCUUCCUGGAGUUGAAAGGCCAAAUGAACAAACAUAGGGUUUGUGUUAUUCCAACCAAUCACAGAACAGUUAUUUCCCUGCAGAAUGACUGGCUUAAUGAAAAAAGAACACAGAAAACAAAACAAGUCUAUCAUGUGCAGCUUUGCUUGACUUUUUCAAAAACCACCGCUUUUCAGAAACCAAUCUGAGUAAGAACUGUUAGGAGUAGCCACCAAGUUAAGGACUAAAUGAAGAAGCAGCAAAAAGUUUAAAUUGUUACACUAGACAAAAAGAACUGUGGUUUGACUUUUUCCUGAGUAUUUAUUCUACUUUCCUGACAUUUGUUUCUUGAGUUAUUCAGGGACUUCUGAAUUCAGGAAAACUGAGAGAAACUGUUUUAGCUUCCUGUGGCUCAGAAUCAAGUUUCAAGUAAUUUGAGCCUGGAUUGUUAUUCCACAUUCUAAUUCAUUUCUUAAAAGUUGUUUACUUCACUCUGAAGGUGAAAUGAGCAUAAAACAAAUAAAUGUAUAUCACCAAACUCAAGCACUUCUGUGCAAGAAUUUUCUUAAGAAAUGGAGAAUGAAAAGAGAGAGCUUAUUGGAAUGGGGCCUUCCAAUACUUCUAGGACUGUAUAUAGGCCUGUUUUCAUAUUUGGGAGAAAAUAACCAGUUUCCUGAAAUGCCUCCUCAAGAUCUUGGGAGAGUAGAUAAAUUUAAUAUCUCUUCGGUAAUGAUUGUAUACACACCAAUCUCUAACAUAACCCAGCAGAUAAUGAAUAAAACAAAAUUUGUUCCCUUUAUGAAAGAAGAAAGAAUCAUUGGGGUGCCAAAUACAAGCUAUAUGGAUGAAAUACUGUUAAAGAACUUACCACGUGCUGUGGGAAUCAUCUUUAGUGAUACUUUCUCUUACAAGUUAAAAUUUUUUCAAGGACAUGCAAUUCCAUUUUUGAGGGAAGAUUUAUCAACUCAUUGCUUGAUGACAGGUGAUGAUUUUUUAUGCGCAUUGUCCUCGUAUUGGAGUAGAGGAUUUGUGACUUUACAAACUGCCAUUAAUGCUGCUAUAAUAGAAAUUACAACAAAUCACUCUGUGAUGGAGGAGCUGAUGUCAGUCACUGCUAUAAAUAUGAAGACAUUACCUUUUAUUUCUAGAGAUAUUCUUCAAAAUGAGAUCUUUAUUUUAUUCUGCUUGAUUUACUUCUCCUCAUUUAUAUAUUUUGUAUCACUUGAUGUUACAAAAGAGAGAAAAAAGUAUAAAGAUUUGAUGAAAAUGAUGGGUCUACGAGAUUCAGCAUUCUGGUUCUCCUGGGGUUUAAUUUAUGCUAGCUUCAUCUUCAUUAUUUCCAUAUUCAUUACAAUUAUCAUAACAUGCAACAAAAUUAUAGUCAUGACUGGCUUCAUGGUCAUAUUUACACUUUUUUUCUUAUAUGGCUUAUCUUUGAUAACCUUAGCUUUCCUGAUGAGUGUGUUGUUGCAGAAGGCUGCCCUCACCAACUUGAUUGUGUUUCUCCUUACACUUUUUUGGGGGUGUGUGGGGUUCACUGCACUUUACAGACAACUUCCUUCAUCCCUGGAGUGGAUUUUGAGUAUUUGUAGCCCCUUUGCCUUUACUGCUGGAAUGACACAGAUUAUCCACCUGGAUUAUAACUUGAAUGGUGUAGUUUUUCCUGACCCUUCAGGAGACUCAUAUAUAAUGAUAGCAAUAUUUGCCAUGUUGGCUUUUGAUUGUCUUAUCUACUUGGUAUUGGCGUUAUACUUUGACAAAAUCUUACCCUAUGGGAAUGAAUGCCAUUAUUCUCCAUUAUUUUUCCUGAAUUGGUCAUCUUGUUUCCAACACCGAAAAACUGAUAAUGAGGUCUUUGAGAAAGAUAUAGAUCCUGAACAUCCCUUUGAUGAUUAUUUUGAACCUAUUGCUCCCGAGUUCCAAGGAAAAGAAGCCAUCAGAAUCAGAAAUGUUAAGAAGGAGUAUAAAGGAAAGUCUGAAAAAGUAGAAGCAUUAAAAGGGUUACACUUUGACAUAUAUGAAGGUCAAAUCACAGCAAUUUUGGGGCACAGUGGAGCUGGCAAAUCUUCUUUACUAAACAUUCUUAAUGGAUUGUCUGUUCCAACAGAAGGAUCAGUUACUGUCUAUAAUAAAAACAUCUCUGAAAUACAAGACUUGGAAGAAAUCAGAAUGAUGAUUGGUAUUUGUCCUCAAUAUAAUGUGCAAUUCGAUAUACUCACAGUGAAGGAAAACCUUAGUCUUUUUGCUAAAGUUAAAGGGAUUCAUCCACAGGAAGUGGAACAAAAGGUACAACAAAUUUUACUGGAAUUGGACAUGCAAAAUAUCCAGAAUAACUUUGCUAAAGACUUAAGUGAAGGACAGAAAAGAAAGUUGACCUUUGGAAUUGCCAUUUUAGGAGAGCCUCGAGUUUUGCUCUUAGAUGAACCAACUGCUGGAUUGGAUCCUUUUUCAAGACAUCAAGUGUGGAAUUUCCUGAAGGAACAUAGAGCACAUCGCGUGAUCCUCUUUAGUACUCAGUUUGUGGAUGAGGCUGACAUCCUAGCUGAUAGAAAAGUAAUCUUUUCCAAUGGCAGAUUGAAGUGUGCGGGCUCUUCUGUAUUUUUGAAGAGAAAAUGGGGUCUUGGAUAUCAUUUAAGUUUCUAUAGGAAUGAAAUAUGUGAUCCAGAGCAAAUAACAUCCUUCAUUAAUUACCACAUCCCUGAUGCUAAAUUGAAAACAGAAAACAAAGAAAAGCUUGUGUAUACUUUGCCUUCAGAAAGGACAAAUAAAUUUCCAGACCUCUUCAGGGAUCUUGAUAAGUAUUCUGGCCAGGGUAUGAUGAGUUAUGAUAUCUCCAUGUCAACCCUGAAAGAAGUCUUCAUGAAUGUGGAGGGAAAACUGACUACCAAGCAAGAAUUGGAACAUGUAGAAAUGGUGAACGACUCAGAAAGCCCCAAUGAAGUAGAGCCAGCUUGCUCUUCUCUCCAUGAAGUACAGACACCUGUGGGUGACAUGGACCUUUGGAGCAUGCAGGUCUGUGCAAUAGCACGGCUUCGUUUCUUAAAGUUAAUACGUGGAAGAAAAACACUUUUGACCCUGCUAUUGAUAUUUGGAAUGGCUUUAUUCCCUUUGAUUAUGGAAAAAAUAGCAUAUUCUAUGAUAGUGCAAACUGUCGACUGGGAAUUUAAAACAGAAUUGUAUUUCCUGUCUCCUGGACAACUUCCUCAGGACCUCCGUACCAGCCUGUUGAUCAUCAAUCACACAGAAUCAGAUAUUGAAGACUUUGUACAAUCACUGAAGCAUCAAAAUAUACUUCUGGAAGUAGAUGACUUCGAAAACAGAAAUGGCACUGAAAGCCUCUCGUACAAUGGAGCUAUCAUAGUUUCUGGUAGACCAAAGGAUUAUAGAUUUUCACUUGUGUGCAAUACCAAGAGACUGCACUGUUUUCCCAUCCUUACUAAUAUUAUCAGCAAUGGGCUACUUCGAAUGUUUAAUCAAACACAGUAUAUUCGCAUUGAGAGAAGUCCAUUUUCUUUGAACACCUUUAUAGACUGGACUGGGCUGCCAGAAAGUUCUUCUUUCUUAUUUUUUGUUGUAUGCAGCAUUUCUCCUUACAUCGCCAUGAGCAGUGUCAGUGAUUACAAAAAGAAGUCUAAGUCCCAGCUAUGGAUUUCAGGCCUCCACCCUUCUGCUUACUGGUUUGGGCUGGCGGUGGUGGAUGUUAACCUCUUCAAUUUAAUUCUCCUCUUGAUGUAUUUAAUUGUUCUCCUGACAAGAACAACAGAAAUUUAUAUUGGAAUUCGAACCAUAUUUGCUAUGGUUGCUACUUCUCUUGGUUAUGCAGUUUCUCUCACCUUCUUGACAUAUGUAAUAUCAUUUAUUUUUCGCAAAAGGAAGAAAAAUAGUGGCCUCUGGUCAUUUUGCUUCUACAUUGUCUUGACCAUCAUGUUCAACUUCUUGAUAUUUGAAUACUUCCACUUAAGUAUAAUAAUUUCUAGCAUGGUACUUGUUCCUUUAUCUACCCUGGGUGCAUUCCAAAUCUUUUUGGGAGAGAGAAUCCAAGAGCACUUCAGAGAAUUUAAUGAACUAAAUUUUGACCUGAGUGGAGUUGAUCUUCUAGUAUGUCUAAUACCUUACUUUCAGGCUUUGCUAUUCAUUUUUGUUCUAAGAUGCAUGGAACUAAAAUAUGGAAAGAAAGUAAUACAAAAGGAUCCUUUUUUCAGAAUUUCUCCCCAAAGUCGAAAUGCUCAACCAAAUCCAGAAGAACCUGGAGAUGAACAUGAAGAUGUUCAAGCAGAAAGAAUAAGAACAUCAACUGCUCUGACCACUUCAAACUUAGAUGAGAAACCAACCAUAAUUGCCAGCUGUCUACACAAAGAAUAUGCAGGCCAGAAGAAAAACUGCUUUGCAAAGAGGAAGAAGAAAAUAGCAGCAAGAAAUAUCUCUUUCUGUGUUAAGAAAGGUGAAAUUUUUGGAUUGCUAGGCCCCAGUGGUGCUGGUAAAAGUUCCUCUAUUAAGAUGAUAGCUGGAAUCACAAAGCCAACAGCUGGAGAGGUGGAACUGAAAGGAUUCAGUUCGGUUUGGGGUGACCAGGGAGAGGACAUGAUCAAGUUCCUGGGAUACUGUCCUCAGGAGAACGUGAUGUGGCCUAGGCUGACGAUGAAAGAACAUCUGGAGGUGUAUGCUGCGGUGAAAGGGCUGAGGAAAGGCGACACUGCCAUUACCAUUUCACGAUUAGUGAAUGCUUUCAAAUUGCAUGAACAUCUGAAUGUUCCAGUGAGGAAGUUAGCAGCAGGAACUACCAGAAAGCUGUGUUUUGUGCUGAGCAUCCUGGGAGAUUCACCUAUCCUGCUUCUGGAUGAACCAUCUACAGGCAUAGAUCCAACAGGGCAACAUCAGAUGUGGCAAGCAAUUCAGAGGUCUGUUGAAAACACAGAGCGGGCUGUCCUCCUGACCACCCACCACCUGGCUGAGGCUGAGGUUCUGUGUGACCGAGUGGCCAUCAUGGUGUCUGGAAGGCUGAGAUGCAUUGGCUCCAUCCAAGAUCUGAAAAGAAUACUUGGCAAAGAUUACAUUCUAGAACUAAAAGUAAAGGAACUUUCUCAAGUGCCUUUGGUUCACACCAAGAUUCUGAAGUUUUUCCCACAGGCUGCACAGCAGGAAAGGUAUUCCUCCUUCUUGACUUAUAAGCUGCCAAUAGGAGAUGUUUACCCUUUAUCUCAGGCAUUUCACAAGCUAGAAGAAGUGAAACAUACCUUCAAUCUGGAAGACUAUAGCCUCUCUCAGUGCACACUGGAAAAGGUAUUCUUAGAGCUUUCUAAGGAGCAAGAGCUGGAAAAUGUUGAUGACGAAGUUGAUACAACCAUGAGAUGGAAACUCCUUCCUAAUUCCAAUGAGCCUUAAAACCUCAGGGCUUAAUUAUUCUUUGUUGAUGUCCUAUAAUCAUACAUUUUAUGUGAUAAUAAUUGCAUAAUUUAGAAGAUCAUUUAAUAUCAGGAUUUAUUUUAUAUGUUUAAUCAAUAAAUGAAUAAAAUUUUAAAUUAUUCUUCUUAGACUUAGGGGAGAUAGAAAGUGUAAUCAUAAAGGCAAUACAAAAUAUUAAUAAAAUAUUAGUAAAGUCACCCAAAAAGUUGAGCACUGUAAAUUGUGGAAAUAAAUUACAAAUUUAGCAUUUUUUGAAA